AUGAAAUUUGGCAUUCUGCAGAUAGUGAUUAUAUAUCUAACCAUAUUCUCAACUUCAGCUCAGAACCUUCUCAAGGGUCCUGAAAAAUUUUGGCCUAAGUCGUUUGGCUGGAAGGCGAUUACACAGUCUCCCACAGGAGUUGAUGCAGAUGGCGUAUUUAGAGUAGAUGGAAAUCUAAAUAUUUUCUCUUACACAGUAGGAUACCUCGAUACUGCUUUUCACAAGUAUACUAACGUAACAUAUUCAUGGGAUUUUGUAUCAGAAGAGUCAUAUAUCCAUACUACAGGAGAUGAUUAUUGAAUGAUGGACCAGUUCAAUUCUCUUCUGAAGCAAGAUGAAGGGCUUCAACAAUUUGUGAACCGUAUUUGGCAAAACCAUGCAGUAGUAAUAAAUCAAACAACCGUUGAUGGGGUGGAGUAUUCCACAGUUAAUCUAAAGUAUGAUGAAGAAAAUAAUCUGUACUUUAAAUUCAAAGAAACAGAGUUGUUAGAAGUCUCCGGCCAAUUCUUAGGUGAUGAAAUCGAGCAGAAAGUCACUGAGGAUAUCAAGGAAGAAGAGUUUGAAUUACGGAACCACAUACCAGCUUCAUGUAAGAAUAUUAGUUUCAAUUGGGCUCAAUUUCAAUAAAAA